AUGGCUUUCUAUAAGAAAUACUUUCCUGAGUCUGCAAGGGAAGCAAAGGAGAUGGAGCUAAUGCAGCUGAAGCAAGGUUCCAUGUCUGUGGCAGAGUACACCAACAAGUUCGAAGAGCUUUGUAGGUUUUCUCGGGUAUGUCAGGGUGACCCGGAGACUUUCGAGAGCUGGAGGUGCAUUAAGUACCAAAGGGGCUUGAAGGACAACAUUAUGACUACUGUGGCUCCUAUGGAGAUCCGUGUCUUCUCCGACUUGGUGAACAAAGCAAGGGUAGUGGAGGAGUAUGCCAAGACAGUGGCGGCAUCUAAGGACACUCAUGGAGGGAGCUCUAGUCGUGGGCGUGGCAAGUAUUUUCAUCCUAGAGGACAAAGCUUCAAAAGAGGGGGAUAUACUCCUCAAGGCCAAGGGGGCUUCAGAAAGAACAAUCAGAAUCAGUUUCAGUAUGCUAAAGGAAGAGGAAAUCAGAGUAAGAGUUAUCCGGAUUUAGCUUGUGAUUGUUGUGGACGUUUUCACCCUUAUGACUCAUGUAAGAUUGGUUUAGGUGGUUGCUUCAAGUGUGGGUUACCUGGCCACAUUGCGAGGGAUUGCCCUCGUGGGAGGAAUCAGAAUGCGGGCCAGAGUCAGCAUCAAGGUCGAGUCUUUGCUGUGAAUGCCAAGGAUGCUUCCAAGGCGGAUCCUUUGAUGAAAGGUAUAUGUCUAAUUGGUGAUAAAUCCUCAGUUGGAUUAUAUGAUACUGGAGCUUCGCAUUCGUUUAUUUCAUUUGCUAAAGUUGAGGAAUUAGGCUUGAAAGUAUCAGAGUUACCUUUUGAUCUACAUGUACAUACUCUGCAUCAAACAAUUAUGACUAGGUCAAGCUGUAGACAAGUAGGUUUCAAGCUUGAGGGUAGAGACUUUGUACACGAUUUGAUCUGUUUACUAAUGGUGGGGCUGGAGAUGAUUUUGGGGUUUGAUUAG